UUCGCGGAGCGCGGGCUGCGGUGGCGGUCAUGGAAGGAUCCUGUGCGGGCUUCCGGAAGGUGUCAAGCCACACAGAGGGAAGCCCAACAGCUAGGCCCCACAGCAGAGCCUACUUUUUAAGACCUCAGCAGCCCAGUCUUUCCUCGACGGUGCCCUUCCACCCACAACCCGGAAAUGGCACCCAAUUUCCUGCCAAGGAGAGCUUAACAGGUCUCAGGCCUCUGUCCAGCCCCUGCCUAGCUAACUGCAGCCCAACUCCUGUUCCCACCACACCGGUCACCUCCACCAGAACAAUGAUGCCCCUUUGCAUCCACUAUGCAGCAUGGAGCUGGUGCCAAGUGAGACAGUAUUGGUGGGCAGAUCUUCCCAGGCCUCUGGAGCAGGAGCUGGUGAGCAGGCUGCUGCACCUGCACUUCAGGGAUAGCAAGACCAAAGUCAGCGGGGAUGCACUGCAGCUCAUGGUGGAGUUUCUGAGGAUCUUUGUUGUGGAGGCAGCUGUCCGGGGGGUGCGCCAGGCCCAGGCAGAGGGUGCAGUGCUUGUGGACGUGGACCAGUUGGAGAAGGUGCUCCCUCAGCUGGUACGUGGAGUGCAGGAUGGCUGGUCUGGGGUGUCCUGGGGGGUGCCUGGCUGGCUGCUGAGUGCCCUUCUCCCCAACAGCUCCUGGAUUUCUAGGGAUGUUCAUCCUCCCUAGGUCACCCCCAGGGUGGCUGAGUGUCUUCUGAGGCCUGUGGGGUCUGCAGUGCAUUGACAACAGUGUUAUCACCUGGUUCUCAAGAACCUCCUCCAGUGUUUGAAGGGCACUAAGGACCUAGCACUCGGUGCCCUUAAUAGUAUCCUGUCCCCGUGGCUCCCAGCCUGAUGAGACUCUGGGACACACAGGCAGGUACAGGGAACAGAUGGACUGGCCUGCUUCCCAUUCCCAGCCAUGCCAGUAUGUAUUGUAGCCACCCCAGUAUUAAGAGCCCACCAGCAGCUUGUUAACCAUAUGGGCCUCCCCUAGAGGAUGCCCCCCCUCCAAGCUGCAAAUUUGUUCCCACAGACGAACACCAAUAAAUCAACAUCUCUUCUCCCAGGCUUUGCCUUGUUCCUCCUGGUCACCAAAGUCAAGUUGCUUCAAAGCCUUAGCCUGCAUGUCCCCUUUCAUCCAUCUUGGUAGAAUGAAGCCACACCCUUAGGAAGGAGAGGAUGGGCAACAAAUGGCAUGUGUGCACUGUCCACCAGGGACUAGGCCAGGCCACAAGACAAGAGCCUCUACACAUGUGGCCAGCUCUCCUACAACAUACUGUUCCGUUCACAGGCCACAGCAGGCAGUCAUGUCCAGGAGCAUUGCCAUGUGCUGGUCUCGGGCCACGGGGCCCACUUACUAUGGCCAGGACCAGGAUACACAGGAUGAGAGGGACCCAGAGACCAGAUAGAUGCUUCCAGGUCUUGUACCUGCUUCAAAGCCAUGCUGAAACGAAAACGGGCCUCUCCCAUCCCUGCUCGCCAGUGGCCCCAAGCAAAGUACAGGUCAGCUGCAGGCCAUGCCCACUGCCCACCUCAGCAAUGCAAGGCUGUGUGGUCCCAUGCAGGUGGUCUGGCAGUCCCAACGCUCAGACUGGCCAGCUAGCUCCACUUGUGCUGGAAUUCAGGAGGCACACAGGGUCUUCUAUCCCUGUCCCCAGCAGCACCUUGUAGGGCUAGAGAGUCCCCUCCUUGAAGCACCCAAAGCUGUUCUGUCAGAACACAGGGCGGGGACACCACUAUACCACUGGGCACUUGGCAUCAGAUGUGGCCUCCUGGACUCCUGCAGGUUUCAGGUCUGGUGGGGGAUGGGCACGUUUGGAGGGUGUGUGUUCAGGCCCCAGGGCAGGAUGGACAGCACCUGCUCCUGCUAGGGCCCAGUGUAGCCUUGGAGAACCUUUGGAGGCAGGAGCUGGCCUGGGCAUAAGCCCCACAGGUCCAAGGAGCAGCUGGGUAGGCAGGACUGCUCUGAGCUCCUGUGUGUCCCCACUCAGCAGACGGGUGUCUGCAGAAGUCAGGAGAUCUGCAAGGGAGGGGCUGGCUGGUGGUGACACAAGGGCUCCAACUAGUGUAAGUGCCGGAACUGGCUCUGCAGUCCUGAUGGGGGCCCAGGAAAGGGUCACCAGGAUACCCUAUGCUAGGCCCUGCCCAGGGCGGCCCUGCAGGGGUAGAGGAAUGGCCUACUUUCUCCUCCUCCUUUCUAGUAGAGUACUGAGAUUAAUUUGGUGACAAUAGGGAGAAAGCCAUUGCACCUAGGGUCUGGCCUGCCCAGACCUUUUGCAGGGGACACCAGAACUCUUGUAUCAGGAACACCAGUC